AUGACAUCCGCCCCGACAAUUCUAGCAACGUGCAAGCAGACACGGUUUCAUCUGCUAGAUGAUAACCCUUCGCAGGAGAUUGAUGUGGAUGGACUCAACAUAAUCGUCACAUCAUCGACACUUGAAUCCACUGAAGAUGUAUCAAAAUCAAAGUCUAAAGGGAAAACAAAGCCCAAGGCUGCAGGGAGAGAGCUCAUCUCAGACGCGCACCUGCGACUCAAGGCAGGCAUUCACUAUGGGUUGCUAGGUCGUAACGGAACAGGGAAGUCAACGCUUCUUCGGGCAAUGGCAGAGAAGCUCAUCCCUGGCAUCCCGCAUGCGACCCGCAUGGCAAUUUUGCAGCAGACGGACGAACAGGAUGACAAAACUUUUGGUGAAGACCCUAACCAAGACAAAACUGUCUUGGAAGCCGUUCUCAGCGGCGAUGAAACUAGGAAUGAGGCUGUUCGAAUGGCCGAAUUUCUAUCGAAGAGCUUUGAGACUGAAGAUCCAAUGCAACCCGUGAGUGCAAUCCGCAAGAUCCGGCAUCAGAAAGCAGAAAAGCAUCUCUUUCUGGCACACAAGAAUGCAAGCCUGAAGAGCGGUGCUCGAGGUCUACAAGCAAGAAAAGAUUUGAAGGCGGCCGAAGGAAAGCUCGAGGUUGCAUCGGAGAUGUUAGCUCAGGAUGUGGACGCCAUCGAUGCGGAGACAGUCCAGUCGGAUACCCAAGCGGCCGUCGAGACACUACAAAAUUUACAGUCUCAACUUGAAGAUAUGAAACUUGCCGAUAUGGAGCAACAAGCUCGUCGUAUUCUCAUUGGUCUCGGCUUCAAAGAAGAUGGAUUUGGGAAGAAAGUCUCUACGCUGUCAGGUGGUUGGCGUAUGCGAUGUAUGCUGGCCAGCGUCCUAGUCCAAGAUCCCGACAUUAUGAUCCUCGACGAGCCAACCAACUUUCUGGAUCUUCUGGGAGUAGUGUGGCUGGAGAACUACCUGAAACAACUCCGCGACACAUCACAGACAACCAUCGUCUUAGUCUCACACGACAGGGAUUUCAUCAAUGCUGUCUGCGAAGAGAUUGUCAUCCUCCGAGAUCAGAAACUGACAUAUUUCCGAGGGAACCUGUCUGCAUACGAGCAAGAUUUCGAGGAGCAGAAGGUUUACCUGGGGCGCAUGAAGGAGGCUCAAGAGCGGCAGGUUGCACACAUGGAAGCUAGUAUCCGGGAGAAUAUGAAGAUUGGGAAGAAGACUAACGACGAAAAUAAGCUGCGACAAGCUAAGUCGCGGCAGAAGAAAGUCGACGAUCGGAUGGGUCUUCAAGUUAGCGCGAACGGAGGCCGUUUUAAACUGAACCGUGAUCUGGUCGGAUAUCAUCUCCAUAGUCGAGCUGAGAUCGAUGUUCCCACAGAUGAAAAGGGCGCGACUAUGAGUUUGCCCGAUGCGACAGAGUUGCGGUUCCCCGGGCCAUUGGUAUCGCUUGAGGGUAUUGUUUUCCAGUACAAGAAAACCGACCGUGUCAUCCUAGAUGACGUGAACUUGGUUGUUCACCUAGGUGAUCGUGUUGGGAUUAUGGGUCUCAAUGGCUCGGGGAAGACAACUCUGCUCCGUGUUAUGACGGGACAGGUAGCUCCUUCUAAGGGCAAGGUGUCGACUCACUCCCGGCUGAAAGUGGGCUACUAUAGCCAACACUCCGUGGAAGAGCUGCAAGAGCGUGGCCGAGGCGAGUCUAGUUUGACUGCGCUGGGAUUGUUGACGACUGAGACCGAAGGAUCCCUGAAUGAGGGCGCUAUUAGAGGUCUACUUUCUUCAAUGGGGUUAGCAGGUCGUAUUGCAUCUGAUGUCCCUGUUGCUAAACUAUCAGGUGGACAACUGGUCCGCCUUGCAUUAGCUCGAAUUGUCUGGAGUGCACCACAGCUUCUCAUUCUUGAUGAAAUCACCACGCAUUUGGAUUUCCACACCGUCACUGCAUUGGCUACGGCUCUCUCCUCCUUCAAUGGUGCUGUGCUACUAAUUUCACACGAUCGUUUCCUUGUCCGAUCAGUAAUUGAGGGCAAGCGAGACACUGAGCACAAACUUGAUGAGGAUUUCGAAGGACUGGAGGAGGAAGAGACCGAAGAAACACCAAGGCGUCGGUCAGUGUAUGUGAUUAAACAGGGCAAGAUGACCGAACAGAAGAAUGGAGUAGAACAGUUCGAAAAGAGCCUUGUAAAGAGGAGCACUCGCGCCGCAUCACCUACUGCCGCCGUCGCCGCCCCCAAGUUACCACCUCCGCAUUCCCCGACCGUAUCUUCUAAACUGUCAACACUCAAAUCUGCGAAGCCCUUUUCCGCAUUCCUCACCGAUAAUUUCAAUCGCCAACAUGACUAUCUCCGCAUUAGCGUCACGGAACGGUGCAAUCUUCGAUGCUUGUACUUCCGCAAAGACAUCGUGCCGCUGAUGCAGGAUAUUGGCAAGCUACGAGCCAAUGGGCUUCGGGAAUUAUGUUUGACAAGCAAUGGGAUCUCAUUACACCGAAAAUUGGACGCAAUGGUGGAGGCUGGGCUGACAGGAGUCAAUCUCAGCCUCGAUACGCUUGAUCCGUUCCAGUUCCAGAUCAUGACAAGACGCAAGGGAUUCGAUGCUGUGAUGAAGAGUAUCGACCGCAUUCUCGAAAUGAAUAAGGUUGGUGCGGGAAUCAAGCUGAAGAUCAAUUGUGUUGUUAUGAGGGGGAAUGAACGACCGAGAGAUCCUCCCGGAAAGAUGUUCUCGUACCAGGAGAUGCUAGCUGUCAUCCGAGAGAAGUACCCAACAUUCAAGAAAGUGGCCGACUACAAAAAUGACACGAGUAAGACAUACCGUGUUCCUGGGUUCGAAGGCCGCGUGGGAUUUAUCACGAGCAUGACACACAACUUCUGUGGUACUUGCAACCGGUUACGCAUUACUAGCGACGGGAAUCUCAAAGUCUGCCUGUUCGGUAACUCCGAGGUCUCCUUGCGGGAUAUCAUUCGCAAGGAGAAUGGUGGGAAUCCAAUUGACGUGGACACAAUGAAAAACCUGCAGCUGUUGGAAACAGUACAAAGAGCAGCACGCCUUAGUGACGAAGGCGGCUUGGUGAAUGAGCGAGAACGUGAGAUUCUUGAUAUCAUUGGCAUGGCGGUGAAGCGAAAGAAGGCAAAACACGCCGGCAUGGCGCAACUAAAGGACAUGAAGAACCGCCCUAUGAUAUUGAUUGCUUCCCAAAGUCGUCUCUACCACUCUGGACGCUCUGAAUCAGAGACGAAAGAUUGUGUUACUCGCCCAUCUCAGUCUCUACCCACCACCUCAGACGCCGACCUCCCUCACCUCACACCAUCGAAGACCGUGCACAUGACCCAGAUCACCGAAAAGCCCGAAACAAAGCGCCUCGCCACAGCGGCCUGCACUGUCUCCUUCUCAAACCCACGACCCUGGGAAAUUCUCGGCAAAGGACAAAUCACACACAAAGGCGACGUCUUCAGUGUUGCUCGCAUCGCGGGUAUUAUGGCUGCCAAAAGAACGCCUGAUAUUGUGCCCCUUUGUCAUCCUGGCAUUGGCAUUACCGGGGUCGAGGUCAGUGUGGAACUGGUCGAACCCGGCCAGAACAGGGAUCACGGCGCCAUGCAUGUCGUGGCGUCGGUCACCUGCUUUGGUCGCACAGGAGUGGAAAUGGAGGCUAUGACGGCUACUAUAGGCGCAGCUUUAACAGUUUAUGAUAUGCUCAAGGCUGUAGAUAAGGGGAUGGUUAUUGAUUCUGUUAGAUUGUUAGAGAAACAGGGUGGCAAGAGUGGACAUUGGGUGCGGGAAUAA